CUCUCCGCUGUCUCCGUCACGGACAUCAUCAUUUCAGCGCGACGGCCAGGUUCUGCACCACGUCGCUCCGUGUCCGCCGGCAUGUCGUUCGUUCCGGCCUUCUCCAUCCUCGCUUCAAGGUCAUCGUCCGCGUCGGCUCCCGUGUUGGCCAAGUCCAAGGCGUGUCCUUUCCUGGUGAAAAGCUGGCGCAUCAUCUACUCCUUCGACAAGAUCGCGUGCACAGCGUCCGGAUCUGCGUCGUCCGAUCGUCGCUGCCGGCCGGCCACCUGGUACAGGUCUUCGUCUUGGUCCAUCUCAAGAAGUGUCGCGGCUGCUCUUGAUCAAAUCCAUGCUGUAGCCGUCCAGUUCUCUUCCUGUCUGGGUCCCAAGCGUCGGUGUCCUGUGCUAUCUUCCAUCCGGUGAGAAAAAGAUCAACAUCCAGCGCCCAGUCAGCGGCCCUGGCCCCGCAAGUCAGCCCCUGUGGCUAGAACCUC